AUGUGGUCAACAACCGUGGAUCCCGACUUGCGAAUGCUCCCGCCGGUACACCUCCCGCUCGCCAUUAUCAUCAUCUCUUGCAUCUUCCUCGUCUUCUCGAUCAUUUGCGUCGGUCUCCGCACUCGUAUCCGCAUAGUCGAGCGCACGUUCGGUCUCGACGAUGGACUUAUGGCAGCAGGAACGGUUGUUUAUACGGCGGUCGUUGGUCUGGCGGUAUACGGAUGCUUCAUCGGACUGGGCACGCUCGAAGCCAAAUUGAAUCAGUGGAUGUGGUCGGAAGCCCUCAAGAUCUACAUCGUCUGGAUCUUGCUAUACGUCGUAGCCCUUGCGUUGGUCAAGUCGUCCGUCUGCAUCACCAUUCAACGCAUCGUCACCACGAACAAAGCUCUGCGCAUCACCAUAUGGGUUCUUCUAGGACUCACGUGGGCAUCGUUUUUCAUCACAUUUAUCGGAACACUGCUCUACUGCGAGCCUGUUGAAGCCCUGUGGACGCCACAGAUGAUUCUCGCCGGCAAAGGAAAAUGCGCAGAUGUUGACGUUCUAAUCGCCCUCGGUCAUGUCGCCACAAGCUCAGCUAUUGUCACGGACUUGGCGCUCGUUGUGGUCCCUGCCGUGAUUCUUUGGGGUACACAGAUGAAGACUCAAACAAAACUACAAGUUUUUGGUCUGCUGUCAUUUGCAUCUGUUGCAUCGAUUAUUACCAUGGUCCGUAUUCCAUACGUCAACCACUUCAAAGCCCAGGCAAACCUUCAAUUCUGGGUCGCCCAUACUGUUCUGUGCUCCAACGUUGAGACGGGAAUCGGCUGCAUCGCCUCCUCAGUACCCUCCCUUCGCCGUUUCAUCGCCCGAACCAAGGGUUCGUCAGCAGAAAUCUCGGCCCCUUCUAAAAGUAAUGGGACAAAGACGGGGCUUUUCACGUUUGGUAGCAAACCACUGGACGCCAGGAGUCGCGACCGGUACCGCAACCCAACAGAUGUGGGCUUCAGCUUGGCCACGGUGCAUGGAAGAGGGGAUGAGAGCUGGGAACGGCUACAAGAUGGCGACUCGGACAAGGGAGACCUACUACCAGACAAAACCAGGAGCGGCGGUAUCCACAAGCAGUACACGUACCAAGUCGACAUUGAGAUGUCUUCCAGCAUGAAGACAGGCCGGUCUGGAACGCAGGAGUCUGCUCGGUAG